UUUCGCGUGAACUUUGUGUUAGCGAAUUGAAGAAGGAAUAAUUUAAUUCUAUCUGUAGAGUUAUAUUAGGCGUACUAUACAUAUAUUAUUGGCGAAGCUGGAUUUUCCAAUUAUAAUCAAAAGUAUAUAACAGGACGGUGUUAUACUGAACUGACGCAGUCUGAAUGGUAUUAGGCGCGCAAAAUUAUUCAGACGCUUAAUCUCUCCCGGCACUACACUACCGCCACAAAUACCACGAAAUCCGCAGAAAAAAAGUACUGUGGGUUUUCUAAAAAUAAGAAGGACGUCAAAGGAGUGAUUAUUUUAGAAUCGUGAAACAAUCGUACACUAUUAAUGCCAAGAAGCAGUCUUUCUUCUCUAGAACUUUUGCUGUAACCCGAUCAAAAGGGUGUCUCAUUUUCUAAAACAAUAAUUGAAAAUGAAUGUAAUAUUUUUAUUCAUCAUUUUUCUCGUAAGCACGGGCGUUCUAUUAAGCGGUCUGAUAUCGUUAAUUGGAUAUAUUUUGUAUGAAGAAAUGAUGUCGGUUUAUUCUGAAACACUUGUGGAAUUUUCUGUGCCGUGUGACGAUCUGUCACUUAGCCCUGAUGAAGAUUUUGAAACAUUUGAUAUCAAGAGAAACGGAUUGAAGACGUUUGUGAGAGGUGAUAGAUACAUGUGUAGCUAUGGAAAUGUUACAGAGCUGGUUCGCUUGUUUGUCGAAAGACAGUCAAGACUACGACUCGCAAAAGGGUUAGUCGCAUAUCCAUAUAUGUCAUGUGGCAAUGAAAGCUUAGCUCCAAAAUCUGGACACCUGACAGCAGCUUUUUCGGGGAUAUCACAGCCUCAAAGAUUUUCAGACUCAGACUCAGACGACGUUAUCCUUCAUUGGGACUCACAUUCAAGUAAUUCCAACAUUGAUCCUUCAGUUUCUUAUCAAAAUAGUGAGAUUACCAUUCCAGAGGGCAGAACUUACUUUAUAUAUGCAUCAGUACAUUUCAACAUCAGCCGACAAAAUAAUACACAGUUCCGAAAUUUGCAACGGUUUUCGGUACGGAUUUGCAGAAGAGUACACGAGUAUGAGCAGACGCUAUUAGCAAGAACGAACAUGUUUAACAUCAGCAACACUAAUACUUUGUCAAGUUUAAGAAUUGCAAGUCAUUUGAAAAUGUCGAGAGAUGACAAAAUAUACAUAAAAGUAUCGAAUGCAAAACGACUAAUACCUUACUCAAAGGGCAAUAGUUUUGGACUUUUCCCCACAUAGAUAUCAUCUCCUCAGUGAGAAGCUUAACUAGAUCUAGAAUAAGAUACAAAAGUGAUUGAAAAACUGCAAACUGUUCAGAGGCUUGUGGUUGAAGCGGACUAUGUAUGUCUUAGGUCUUGUGCAUUUAUCAUGAAUGCUUUGAACUGCCGAAGAUGUAUGCCAGUCUGGUGUUGUGUUUUCAAUUAGUAAGACAUAUACUUCUCUACAAAGGCAUCGGAUUUUUGGAGAAUUCUGGACAUAAAGACAACUCCCAAUGUACCUACCUUUAUGACACUAAUAAUAUCUAACUAUUUUUUUUAUUCUCUCUAAAACAUUAAUCAUUUUUCACAUUGUCGUGAUAGGUUCCGAAUACUGUAAAAGCACAUAUUUUCGCCGGGACAAAUUUCGCGAAUUUGAAAUUUUGAGUAUUUUCGCGGGGUUUAAUAUUCGCGAAAUUGUAGAAAUGGUUUCCUAUUUUAAUUUGAAUUAUAUUUAUGGUGAAUAUUAACGCAAGGAAUAAUUUCCACGAGAUAUAUUGUCUCGUGAAUGUAGCGAAAACUAAACCUUUGCGAAAAUAUCUGCCUUUACAAGCUGUUGAAAAACGCCAGAGAAAAAAAACAUAUGGAUUAGAACAGCUCGAUGUAACAUCUGUCUUUCAAACCUAUUGUGUAAAUAUUUAACAACCCUUGUUUCAAAGAGAAAGUACAAACAAACGUAGGAUGUUUUAAUGACAAGUACGUUCCUUACAUAAUUAUACAAGUGUAGUUCAAAGAGAACGAAGGUCAGUGCGUAGACAAACGAUGAAUAUAAGCUUAUAGUUACCAGCAAUCACAGAACAGCUUUGUACUCGACAUUUUUUAUCAUAAGUGCAUAUGUAAAUGCAGAUCUGUUAGCACACAUAGUCUCAUAAAGGUUUUAUUUUUUUCUGUUCAGCCAUAUUCCCUUACAUGUUGUAACAAUUAGCUCUCACGUUCAUUGAAAUAAUGUAUGUCCACCUAUAUGGUUUUACCUAUAGAGAGUGCACCGAUGUAUCUUUAAAUGUACUUAUGUGGUCAGUAGCUUGUCCACCUUCUAGUUUGCCUAGAAUAUGUUUUGCAAUGACCAAUUAACGUAAAGUCUCUUAAGAAACCCAUUUGGUUGGCAUUAUGACUGUUUGCCGGUCAUGCAGGUGUCGUACACGUGUAUGCAAAUUACACUCAAGGUGUAUUCCUCAUAUUCAAAGGAGCACAUCGAAAUUUAAAUAUUUAGUUAUGCUAAUUUCGGUGUGAGGAUUAAAUUAUUAUUUUUCAAUGCUUUGUUAGAGAGACUAAGCCACACAUUUUCGGCGAAAAAUAAUUUAUCCAAAAAAAUCCAUAAAAAUGAGUACUCUGAAUAUGACUAGUCGUACAAACGUAUUGACAUAAGAUUUUUGCAAGAUAGUCAUAUAAAUGACCAAAAUUAUCGUACAGAAGCUAGUAAACCGUUGCUUUUGAAAUAGUGAAGAUACUUUACAUUGUUAUUGCAUUUUUACCAAUUAAAUAUGUAACUUUUAUUUUCACCCACUUUAUUUCACUUCAUUUUUAUCAAGGUCAUAUAUUCCAUGCCAAACCUGGUGAAAAUGAACCUGUUGAAAAUUUUUGCACCCAACCUGUGGGCGAGUAGCUUUCAUAAAUGUAUGACUAUUGGUUACUGGGUUACAAUGUUUAACUACGAUUAAAUUCCUCAUCUUUCUGCAUGGAGUAUUUUUAUAAAUGUGUUAUGCAAGUGGGAGAGAGAGAGAGGGGGGGAGAGAGAGAGAGAGAGAGAGAGAGAGAGAGAGUACGUAUUAUUUGAAAGAAAAAAAGAACAUCACUAAUAACAAACAAAUAACCGAUUAGGUGUUUUUGACAAAAAAAUCCCAUGCUUUUCCGUUUUAUGAUAGUAUCAAUAACACUUCAUUUGAUUUCUAAUAGUAUACUAGCAUAUUUUGUCGAGACUGUGUUUCUACAUAUACAAUCUGUUGUGUUGUUGCACUGUUUAAAUGCUGGUUUUUACAUUAUUUUGCUGUUUGAUGCGCCGUACUGGAUUUCACCGAAUUUUGAUCCAUGUGACUUAAUAAUUGUUUAUUCUGUAUCAUAUGUACUUUGAUAGUUUUGAUUCACAAUACACCAUAUGAUCGUUAUGACAACUAA